CGAACAACGCAAGCGCGCGGUUGUGUUUGUUUAUUGUAGAAUGCUUUUUUAAAGUGAUUUUACUUUUUUUUUUUCCUUCACUUCACAUUUUUCUAUUUUGUUUUUUUAAAUACAUCUUCUGAAGCAGAGUUGCUGUGCCUUUGUUGUUGCUUUGCUGCUGCGCUGACAAUAAGCAAAUUUCAAAGGCUUUCAAGCUUCAAGAUUUCAAGCUGACGAACUGGCGUUGUGAAAUUUGUUGCUAAUUCUCGUGUCUUGUGUUAUUUUUAGUAAAUAAUAAAAUAUUGCGUUUGUGAAAAAUUUUUAUCAAUAACAAACAAUUAAUUUAAAAGCUGUGGAAGACUGUACGGUCAUAAAAUUUUUACAGCCGUAACGACUAGAAGCCGCCAAUUUGUAGGCGUUUAAACGCGGUCAGUGAGUGUUUUAUUGAAUCAUGAUGAUCGAUCGUGUUUUCGUGGUUAUCAGUUGAGAUUCAAUCUCCGUGCUGUGCCGGGUCUGUGAUGUUUAUAAGUUAACAAUGUGAUAAUUUCUAAAAUCCUAAUAAUAAGUUAAAGCAAUAAACGGAAUUUAUUAAUAUUAACAAAAUAUAUCUUUAAUUUUAAGCACAUAUGGAUGAAAAUCAAAUGACUUGGUGGUAACAACUUAUUUAUCAAAAAAUUAUCUGGAAUUGGAAAAGGAUUAAAUCUGAUCCUAUUAUGCUACUGCAAAGAAACUUUACUCAGUUAAAGUUAUUUCUGACAUUAAUAUUCGGCAUAGCACUGGGACUUAUAAUAUCACAGGUAUUAUAUAGCACAAAUUGCACCCACCUUCAAAUACAAACAACUCUUUGGACAAGUGCAAGAGGACGAACAUAUUCACCAGAACAACAUGAUGAUUACUACGCUGAACGUGUUAAAGACUUAUUGGCUCCCGAUUCGGAAAUACCAAAUGCUACAUGGCCAAUAUCUGAUAGUAAUUUGAGUGAUUAUAAAUCGUUAGCAGAUAAAUUGUACAAUGAAACUCGUGUAUUAUGUUGGGUGCUCACCAGUCCAAAUAACCAUGCCAAGCGUGCUGUACAUGUUAAAAAUACCUGGGGUUCUCGUUGCAACAAAUUAAUAUUUAUGAGCUCUGCUGAAGACAGUGAGCUCGGUGCUGUUAAACUGUCUGUUGGCGAAGGUCGUGGCAAUUUAUGGCGUAAGACACGUGAGGCCGCCAAAUAUAUAUACGACCAUCAUUUGGAUGAGGCAGAUUGGUUUUUAAAGGCUGAUGAUGAUACUUAUGUUAUUGUGGAGAAUCUACGAGCAUUUCUCUAUCAAUUUUCAUCAGAAUCACCAGUAUACUUUGGUUGUAAGUUCAAACCACAUGUACGACAGGGUUAUAUGUCUGGUGGUGCUGGCUACGCUUUAAGUAAAGAAGCUUUACGUCGCUUUGUUAAUAAGGCUUAUCCAAAUUCAAAAAUAUGUCGUCAGCGUAGCGGUGGAUCUGAAGAUAAAGAAAUGGGUUACUGUUUACAAAAUGUUGGUGUUGUUGCUGGUGACUCUAGAGAUGAACAAAAACGUGGUCGAUUUUUCCCUUCAGGUCCACAAGGACAUCUUAUACCAAAAGAUAAGUCACAUUGGUAUUGGCGUUACAUAUACUAUGCGACAGAAGAUGGCCUUGACUGUUGUUCCGAUCUGGCGAUAUCAUUCCAUUACAUCCAACCGUCCUUUUUUUACGUAUUGGACUACUUUGUAUAUCGUUUGCGUCCCUUUGGUAUAUCACACGCCUACAAUACGUUACCGCAGAAGCAGAACAUGACGUCUUUACUACAGAAAUGGAACUCUGAAAUAUCUGACAACGAAAAUUGAUGAAACAAAAUGAAACCAUUCAAAGAUUUCAUAUUCAUAUUCAAAGACAUUUAAUUUUUAUACACCCGUAGAUAUUUGUAUAUAUCAAAUACUCUAUAUGCUCAAAAAUGUG